AGGGCAGAGCUGCGCUGAGUGGGGCUGAACUAGUUUAGAGGAGUCUUAGGUAGAGUGGCAGACAGGAUCACAGUGGACAGGAAAAGAGAAAGCCACUAAAGAGUAUGAUUAUCCGGCAGACAGGCUUAACAGUUGAAACAAAGUGGAACUGUUUUUCUUAUUUUUAGCUAAAGGUAGAUGUAGAGGUAGAUAAUGCAGAUGGCUGUUUUCACUGGGUUACAUACUGGUCAGGUACCAGGGCAGAAAAGUAUGGCAGUCAUACCUGCUUGCUCUUCCUAGCAUUUAGUGUGUGCCUACUUUGGUUAACUUUAGCACUGACUUAUCGGUGUGGGAAGCUCACUUGCAGUAACACUGACCCAUAACCCCCAACUCUGCUUUGCAGGUUCUGAGCUGGACUCUAAUUUUGUCUUUUGACCCCUGGAAUAGGAAAGGGUUUUGGAUCUGGCAGUGAACGAGACCUGCCGUGAACCAGCCUGGACUGACCCGUCAGCAUUUUUUCACAAUUAUUGGAAAACAAAUUUUUUCUUCUUCUUACCAGAACUUAAACCAGAUCUGAGACUUUCGGCACUGGAGUUUGGUAUUUAAAGGACUCUCUGGCCCCUAUAGCCCCAGGAUCAUGGGCUUUUUCUGGGGCAGCAUUAUGCUGCUGUGUGGGGUGGCUUUGCUCAAUACGGGGGGCAGCGGAGCCCAGCAGACCAAGAACAACGUCCCCCGGCUAAAACUCUCCUAUAAAGACAUGUUGGAGUCUAACAACCUCGUGACAUUUGAAGGCCUGCCCAACAGUUCGGCUUACCACACCUUCCUGUUGGAUGAGGAGAAAGGAAGACUAGUAGUUGGAGCCAAGGACCACAUCUUCUCUUUUAAUCUUCUCAAUAUCAGCAAAGAGUUUGCACAGAUCCCUUGGCCAGCUUCUUCCACCCGAAGAGAUGAAUGCAAGUGGGCAGGAAAAGAUCUCUCGAGAGAAUGCUCAAAUUUUGUGAAGGUGCUGCAGCCAUUCAACCAGACCCAUCUCUAUGUGUGUGGGACAGGAGCCUUCCACCCUGUGUGCUCCUACCUGGAUGUGGGCAAGAAAUCAGAGGACAGUGUUUUCAGACUUGAGCCCCAUGUGGAAAAUGGCCGUGGGAAGAGUCCCUAUGAUCCCAAGCUGCUCACUGCAUCCAUGCUAAUUGAUGGAGAACUGUAUGCAGGAACAUCAGCUGAUUUCAUGGGGCGGGACUUUGCCAUCUUUCGCACUCUUGGAAAGCAUCACCCAAUCAGAACAGAGCAGCAUGACUCCCGAUGGUUAAAUGAUCCUAGGUUUUUAGGCAUUCAUCUUAUUUCAGAGAGCGACAACCCAGAAGAUGACAAAAUCUACCUGUUCUUCAGAGAAAAUGCUAUAGACGGAGAGCAUACUGGAAAGGCCACGCAUGCUCGUGUCGGACAGCUCUGCAAAAAUGACCUGGGAGGUCACAGGAGUCUGGUAAAUAAAUGGACAACCUUCUUGAAAGCUCGACUUAUUUGCUCUGUGCCUGGGAAUAAUGGAAUAGACACACACUUUGAUGAAUUACAGGAUGUUUUUCUCAUGAGCACAAAAGAUCCCAAGAGCCCAGUUGUAUAUGCAGUAUUCACUACUUCCAGCAACAUCUUCAAGGGUUCAGCUGUGUGUAUAUACAGCAUGACAGACAUCAGAAGAGUGUUCCUGGGUCCGUACGCCCACAGAGAUGGGCCCAGCUAUCAGUGGGUGCCCUUCCAGGGACGUGUUCCCUAUCCACGGCCUGGUACAUGUCCAAGCAAGACAUUUGGUGGAUUUGACACAACAAAGGACCUCCCCGAUGAAGUUGUGCAGUUUGCCAGAAGCCAUCCAGCUAUGUUCAACCCUGUCUACCCCAUUAAUAAUCGACCAAUCAUAGUCAAAACAGAUGUGGACUACCAGUUCACCCAGAUAGUGGUGGACAAAGUCGAGGCAGAAGAUGGCCUUUACGAUGUUAUGUUCAUAGGCACAGACGUGGGAACAAUUCUGAAAGUGGUAUCCAUCCCCAGAGGUUCCUGGCAUGACUUAGAGGAAGUCCUAUUAGAAGAAAUGACUGUUUUCAGAGAGCCUGCAGCCAUUACAGCUAUGGAACUAUCUACAAAACAGCAACAACUCUACCUGGGUUCAGACAUCGGUGUCUCGCAGAUGCCUCUGCAUCGUUGUGAGGUUUAUGGGAAGGCUUGUGCUGAAUGCUGCUUGGCAAGAGACCCUUAUUGUGCAUGGGAUGGCACAGAGUGCUCCAGAUACUUUCCCAUGGCUAAGAGGAGAACAAGGAGGCAAGAUAUCAGGAAUGGAGACCCACUCACACAGUGCUCAGAUCUGCAACACCAUGAUGAAUUAAGUGGACAGUCAACCCUCCAGGAUAAAACUGUGUACGGUGUGGAGAACAGCAGCACUUUCCUGGAGUGUAGUCCAAAGUCCCAGAGAGCUACGACAUACUGGCAGUAUCAAUCCACAACGGAUGACCACAAACAAGAGAUUAAUUCAGAGGAGCGCUUUAUCCACACCGAGCAGGGCCUCCUGAUUCGCACACUUAACAAGAAGGAUUCAGGCAUUUAUCUGUGCCAGGCAGUGGAACACGGCUUCAUGCAGACAGUUCUAAAAGUUAACUUAGAGGUCAUUGACACAGAGCGUCUGGAAGAUCUUCUGCAUCGCGAUGAAGAAGCAGCCAGUGCCCCUGGCCAUGAAUUUUCCUCUUCUAGAGAAACUCCCAAUCAAAAGCUGUGGUACAGGGACUUCCUCUCUUUGGUCAAUCACCCAACUCUAAAUAGUGUGGACGAGUUCUGCGAGCAAGUUUGGAAACGGGAGAGGAAGCACAAGAGGCAAAAAUCUCACUUGGUACAGAAAGUGCAAUUACAUCAGCAACAGCAGCAGAAGACUGCCAUGAGUCCUCGCAACCACAUGCAUGCUCAAGGGCUGGCAGCCAAGUGGAAACACCUGCAAGAGAGGCAAAAGGGUCGCAACCGCAGGACCCAUGAACUGGAGAGGGCUCCCCGCAGCGUGUGACUUACAAACCUUGACUGUUAGCACAGACUUUUAAUCACACUCAGUUCUCAUUCAGUAAACUCAUCCUGUUUUUAUCCUCUAUUCUGAGACACAGAUUUCUUCCACAAAGAAUGGAACAAGAAAAGUUAAACCUCAAAAAGUAGAUACUACCCUGAAGUGCCAGCUGGAGUGUUCUGUGCGUGGGAAGCCAUGUUUACAGUUCACCAGUAUGGAGGACUGCAGGAAUCAGGAUGUUGUAUCACGCAAGACCAUUGGAGCAUGUUAUCUUAGUUGGCUCAUGCGGUCUGAGUACUGCAGAGUGACAUAUCCACCUUAAAGACUCUUGUGGAGGUGGAUCUGACAGUGGCAGUUACAUGGUAUGCUUUUAAGGGUCAGUGCAGAUAAACCCCCGAUAAUUUCUGCUACAGAAACAUGAAGCAAAAGUAGCUGAGAUUAUACGAAUAAGGUCUUGAGAAUUAAAAGACUCAUCGUCAACAACAAAAACAUGAAGCUCAUCAAAAGGACACGAUGCCCGAUCACUGCAAGAAAUCCAGAGGAGCAUUUAUCAUUCAUUUAAAAAAAAGAAACUAAUUAAGUAACUAAAAUGUGUAAAUACUGUAUUCUGUAACAUCUGCUCAUCUGAAAGGGAAUGCUUGUAGUUAUCAAGUUGCUUCAUGUUGCUUUCCCGUGUAGAAAUUUAUUUUUAAAAAAAUAUCUGUCAAAAGCUGUUGUAAACAAGGAGGUUUUGUACGUGUCUGUGUCCUACCCCUAGAUAAGCUUCCAAAACAAAGACUUGUUCUGUUUGUUUGUAGUUAUCAGAUUCCUUCUAGCCUCAACAUUUAAAGUUAAGUGUCAGUUCACAGUAUAUGGAUGGCUGCUAACUCUAUCGUUUCAGUAUGCCAAAUCUCAUUCUGCGUUCUUCCAUAUUUAUUUAAUUAUACCUUGUGUACACUUUGUCUCCUUUACUUGUGUAUUUAUUGAUAAACAGUUCUGUACAUUGUGUGUUUCCCUUUUUUCAUGCGCAGGAGACUUCUUGGAGGUUAAUAUUUGGUUUGAUUAAGUUGAUUUGCAGGACCAAUCUAAUCAAAUAACUGUAUUGUCUGCAGUAGGACUGGAAGUACAGUAUCACAAGUUUGGUUCAGUGUCAAAUGCAUUACAUAUCAAAUGUACUGAGCAAUAAGCCAGUAUCUAUAUUUUUUUUUUUUGCAUUUCAUUGACUCAUAUCCAUAUUCUUCACAGAUCGGUGUAACAGCUUAACAGUUUUUUUUUUUCUGAAUAUGAUGAAUAU